AUGAACAAAAAUGGCGUCCCUAGCGCCAAUUGCGCGGCAGAUGCGAAUCAAUUUUACGCCGCCCUGAUGCCUGAUAGACUCGACCGGGAGACGUUUCUAUCGGGUAAUAAUGCCCACCUGCUAGCUCAAUAUCAAUCUAUGCCCAACGAUCAAAUCGACUGGGCUGUCAUAGCGCAGCGGUGGAUUAAAAUGCGAGAGUCGUGGAUGCAACCCGACUCGGCGUUCAUUCCAUCACCGCCGCCGCCGCCAUCUUUCGACAGGGAUGACGACGUGCAAACUGCUUCCAACGCUUCGUUGGUGUCUAAUACAUCUCUAGAAACCACAGUAGCGUACGAAGAGCAGGGCGAAGCACCGAUGGAAGUUGAAAAAGAAGAUGAAAAUUUCGAUGAUAUGCCCGUGCCACCAAUGCCUCCUUCCAUAGCCGGACAAAUCUGCCUGGACGUCGACUGGAAUGUUUCUCCAGCUGGUACGUGGUCUCAUAUGAACAAUUCAUCGCUGGCAAUACAUCCGCCAAAUCAGAUAAAUGUCCCAGACGACCAUAACCUCACUAAGUGCGCUGAAGAACGACAUCGCGACAUGAGAUCUUCCACGGUGGAUAGUCCUAGCUUGAAUGCAUUUGCCACGGGCUCAGCCAGCAGUGGAAUAUGGCAGAUCGAAAAUAGUCACCAUUACCCGCCUGGUAUGUCGAAAAAUUCUUCCCAAACCUCGGGCACGUCGGUAAACUCGUUGGCUUCGAAUAAGCGAAAUCUGGUAAGGCAUGGACAUCCGGAUAGUGCAGAACAGCAGUCAUCGUCAAGAUUACCGGGGCUUAUGGACCGAGAGAUAACUAUGAAUGAGUUAUCCUCGCUAGAACUGGCAGUAUUUACACACAAAGAUGUAAAGUGUAACUUAGGUGUUGGAUCGUCAUCAAUAAACGAGGCGAAGCGAAAAUUGCUUCCUGCCUGGAUUCGCGAGGGAUUAGAAAAGAUGGAGCGAGAAAAACUACGACAGUACGAGCGUGAACUCGAGCAGGAGCAGAAGGCUAAGGAUGUUGAGACUCGGAAUAAAUUCUUUCGGUUAUCGACUAAAAAAAUUUUGACACAAAUUCUGAUGGAAACAACAGGCGAAGCAUUGAAGUCUAUUGCAACUGAAAUUUCAAGGAACGUGCAAAAACGGAAAGCAGCUAAGCAAGCUGCUUCCCUACGAUUCAAAAAAGGCCUUGCAACAUGUACCGGAGGAUUAGGACUGGGCAUUUAUGGUGAUAGUGAUGAUGAUGAUGAAGAUGAUGAAGAUGAUCCUGCAGAUGAUAGCCGUAACAACAAAACCAAAAGUGCUGUUAAUGACUCGGACAUUGCCGCCGAAGGCGGAUCGUCCGAGGAAGACACUUCCGAUUCGGAAGUUUUUCGACAGCUAAAGGAAAAAAUUCGCAUCCGUCAGAAUGAUUUUAUACCAAUUGCUAGUGAAAUUGAGCAAUGGCUCGAAAAUACAAAUGAUUAUUACCCAGUCGUCGUGUCGAAGAAUGAGCGAAAAGAAAGCACACCGGAUGACGAAUCGGAUGGUGAUUCAGAUGAGGAAAAAUGUGAUGAAAAAAGCGGCUCGUUAUUCGACCUGAGGCGCGAACACCGCGGCGAAUCAUCAUUACAUGGGGAUGUCGAUUCUGGCGAUGGUUUGGGCAGUGGUUCUGCGGAAGAGCUUUUAAGUUUUACCAACCCUAGUUAUCGAGGAGCUUACUAUGCGAGCAUGAGCCAUGAUAGUGUCGCGCGUAGGCAACGCGAUAAACGAAUAUCACGCUUCAGUGAUCGGUGUGAUACGGUGCGUUCAACACACAUGACUCACGUCUCCUUCUUGCGAGCAUCUAAAACAGCGAGUACAAACAAAGAGGGUGGAUUGGGAACAACGGCUCCCGUGACUGGCACACCCACCAACACUCUAAGCAACGUCGCUGGUACAGCCAAGCCGCUAUCGAUUGGUUUAGCGCAAUCGGCCGUUCAGCUGGGGCUCCGCAAAACAGAUCCGGGGCUCAGUCGGAUCAGAGACACAUGCCAAACCAUUUACAAAAUUCUCCCAAGCCCUGCUUCAGCGACACCGAAACCUACGGGUGCAAAAACGCCAUCAUCUAAGUCGUCUGUCGACGAGUCGCGUCAUUUGCGGUCGGACAGCCCGGAGUACUCGACCGGCGAGGGUGAUGGUCGAAAAACCAACCGACGGGGGAUAUCUCUGGAAGCGGAGGUAGUAUCGAAAGCCAAAGAUGGCGACGCCAGUGAACGGUUGCCGCCAUCACCAGGUGGUUCCCGUCGGCACGAGUCACACCUGUCCAUGAUGCAGUACCGGAAGAAGAUGCCUGCUACUAGCCUGCUACAAGGGCGUUAA